AUGCGGCUCUGCUCCAGCAGGGCAGCAUCAGAGGAGCUGGACUUCUCACCGGACUCUGGGGCGGCGGGCCACGCCGCGCGCCGAUUGGUGGCGUUCCGGGCCCGCCUUCGGGUGAUUGACGGCGCCCGGGCCGCCGCCGCCCGCCGCUGCUGCCGCCGCCGGGUGUGGAGGCCGCCGCCGCUCGCGGGCUGCGUGUCAGCCGCCGCCGCCGCCGCCGCCCAGCCUCCGCCAUGGAUCUCUUCGGGGACCUGCCGGAGCCCGAGCGCUCGCCGCGCCCGGCUGCCGGUAAGCGAGCGGGCGCCCUGCCGGCUGGGGGACGGGGGCGGGCGGGCUGGCGGCGGCCUGGAGGCCCUCGGAGGUGGCGGCGGGCGGCGGGCGGAGCCGGAGGGCGAGCGCGGCCCGCCGCGGCGGCGCACCGGAGCCCCGGAGCUGCGCCAUCUUCGCUGCGUAGGAAGCGGGCUCUGCUCGGGCGCGGGCCGAGGGCGCCGCCGGCCGCCGCGGCCUUUGUGUGCGGCCCCCACGCGCCGGCCGCCCAGCCGGGCCCGGUCGGCCUCGGGCCCCGCGCGGAGCCCCGCCGCCUUCGCACGGAGCCCCCCUCUCCCGAGCUGGGGAGACCAGCCCCGGCCCACCCAGCGCCACGGCCGCGACCGCGGGUGGGCGACCCCGCCGGCUGCGGUUGGAGCCUGCGCACUGGCGGCCCGCGACCAGGGCCUGUUCGCCCUGCGUGUGCGGAGAAAGUUUGAAUUUAAUAGCAAACCUAUCUCAAAAUCUCCCCCUUUGGAAAGCCACCCUGGCCGAUGCCAAGCACUGUCUAAGCAGGUGUUCCGUGUCCUAGGGAAAGAAGCCCAGAAAGGACCUCUGCUCUUUGACCUCCCUCCGGCCAGCAGGACUGACUCAGAUGUUUUAGGUGUUGGACUCUUAAGUUUUGAAACCAUGGCAUCAGGACCAGGGGGACCUUUGCUUUUUGAUGACCUCCCGCCAGCCAGCAGUGGCGAGUCAGGUUCUCUUGACACCUCGAUACCCCAGACGGUAAAGAAUGAAGGGAAAGGAGCAAAGAGAAAACCCUCUGAGGAAGAGGAGAAUGGCAGCGAAGAGCUUGUGGAAAAGAAAGUUUGUAAAGCCUCGUCAGUGAUUUUUGGUUUGAAAGGCUACGUGGCUGAGCGGAAGGGUGAGCGGGAGGAGAUGCAGGACGCCCACGUCAUCCUGAAUGACAUCACCGAGGAAUGUAGGCCCCCAUCAUCCCUCAUUACCCGGGUUUCCUAUUUUGCCGUUUUUGAUGGACACGGAGGAAUUCGAGCCUCAAAAUUUGCUGCGCAGAAUUUACAUCAGAACUUAAUCAGGAAAUUUCCUAAAGGAGAUGUGAUCAGUGUAGAGAAAACCGUGAAGAGAUGCCUUUUGGACACUUUUAAGCAUACUGAUGAAGAGUUCCUUAAACAAGCUUCGAGCCAGAAGCCUGCCUGGAAAGACGGGUCCACUGCCACGUGCGUUCUGGCUGUAGACAACACCCUCUAUAUUGCCAACCUUGGAGAUAGCCGGGCGAUCCUGUGCCGUUACAAUGAGGAGAGUCAGAGACACGCAGCCUUGAGCCUCAGCAAGGAGCAUAACCCGACGCAGUAUGAGGAGCGGAUGAGAAUACAGAAGGCUGGAGGGAAUGUCAGGGACGGGCGUGUCUUGGGUGUUCUGGAGGUGUCCCGAUCCAUUGGGGAUGGGCAGUACAAGCGCUGCGGGGUCACUUCUGUGCCAGACAUCAGACGCUGCCAGCUGACCCCCAAUGACAGGUUCAUUUUGCUGGCCUGUGACGGCCUCUUCAAGGUCUUUACCCCGGAUGAAGCUGUGAACUUCAUCUUGUCCUGCCUUGAGGAUGAGAAGAUCCAGAGCCGGGAGGGGAAGCCCGCCGUGGACGCCCGCUACGAAGCAGCCUGCAACAGGCUGGCCAACAAGGCGGUGCAGCGGGGCUCGGCCGACAACGUCACGGUGAUGCUGGUGCGGAUAGAGCCGUGAGGGCGGCCCCCGCGG